AUGGACAACUUCACCAUAAUCACAGAAUUCCUCCUCUUGGAUAUUUCAAGCUCCCGGAAGUUCCAAGUUUUACAAGGUCUGCUGUUCUUACUGAUUUAUCUGGGGGCCCUGGUUGGAAAUCUUCUGACCAUUACCGUCAUUGUGACAGACCCACAUCUUCACUUCCCAAUGUAUUUCUUUAUAGGCAAAUUAUCCCUCAUAGAUUUUUGCUUCAUCUCAGUUACUGUUCCUAAAUCGAUUGUGAAUUCUUUAACAGGCAGGCAACAGAUUUCUCUCCCAGAAUGUGCUGCUCAGAUUUUCCUGUUUAUCCUCUUUGGAUCCACAGAGUUAGCCUUCCUUGUGGUGAUGGCCUAUGACCGUUAUGUUGCCAUCUGUCAACCCCUGCACUAUGGGCUCAUUGUCAACCCACGGAUGUGUGCACAGGCAGCAGCUGGAUCCUGGGCCAGUGGGCUGGUCUAUGCUGCCAUCCACACGGCCACUAUGUUCAGGCUUCCUUUCACAGAAUCCAAUGUAAUCCACCAGUAUUUCUGUGACAUUCCUCAAAUUUUGAGAAUUUCAUCCUCGGAUGUGAGGUUUUCUGAGUCUGUUCUCCUUGCUAUAAGUUCUAAUAUACCUUUAGUUUUUUUUGUCUUUUUGUUUACUUCAUACAUUAACAUAUUUUCAACUGUGCUUAGAAUGCGCUCUGUGGAAGCCCGCAAUAAAGCUUUUUUCACCUGUACCCCACAGCUAGCUAUAUUCAUUCUAUUUGUAAUAUCUUUGCUGGUUACUGCCUUUGUUCCACUCUCAAAUAAGGCAUCUCUUAAAAAUCUUUUCAUCUCCAUAUUCUACACCAUGGUGCCCCCGUUCAUAAACCCCAUCAUCUUUAGUCUGCGGAACAGGGAAAUUAACAUUGCUCUAAAAAAAAAUGUUCAAUAG